AUGGAUUAUGAAAGUGAGCUUAACCUUUCAUUUGAGGAACUAGAAGAUGAGGAGAUUGGAGAAAAUCUCAAUAAAUUAAAACAUAAUAACAUCCGUUCAGAAUAAGUUUUGCUUGAGUGGAAAAGUAAAAUGGAUAUAUCAAAUAUACGCAUUUCAAGCUCAACUAGAUUUCCAAUAAAAAUUUUUCACUCUAACUAUUUUAUAUAGUCUUUUGAAAAUUUUGACUAUGAAAAUAGUAGAGCAAGGAUAUUUUAAGUAAUUUUUUUUCAAAUUACCAAUUUGGUAGUCAAGCAAUGGAGAUUGAAACUUCAGUAGAAAUACAUUCUUUUAUAUCAAAAAUAUAAGCCAUCUGAAGGAGUAUUGGAAUGUUUACCUUUUAUUAUCGGCUAUGCAAUAAGAAUAGCUAUUGAAGAUAAGGUGAGAUAUGGCGAGAAAAUCCUGACUCUUCACAAUGGUUUAAAAGAAAUAUAUUAAUUGAUGUUUAAAGAAAUUACUGGCCUCUCUAUCGGAUAAAUUUAUAUAGAGAAACAUCUUUCUAAGUAUUCAAAAAGAGAUUACUUUGAAAUGAAUAAGCCAUCAAAAGAAGUGGUUGAGUUUAUGAAAGCUAAGGGAGAUAUUAAAGAAUUCAUGAGAAAAGGAAUGACUAUUUAAUUUCAAUCAUACUUAAAAAGUAGUAAAAUAUAAAGAGAUCAAUUUGAACAUGAACUUAGUGUAGUUCUAAGUACGAAAUAGUUUUAAAAGGCUAAGAAGAAAACUGAUGAAUUAAGAUAUCCUCCUAUGGACUUUUAUGAAAAAUUUCUAAAUCAAAACAUAAUAGAAAACCUAAAUAAUGACGAUGAAAUUGAAAAUUAAAGCAUGAGCAGACUAAGUAAGUCUAUUUUUGGAGAGAGAAGCAAAUCUACUUUUGUUAAAACUCAAAUAAAUAUUAGCAGAGUAUCACCUAUGCUUAGAAGUGUAAUUCAAACUGACUCAUAUGUCCCAAGAUAAGUUGUACUGAGCUUCAGAGACAGGAAAAUGCUUGAGAAAAGUGACUCUAGCGUAAUAAUAUCUGAUAAGUCAAAUCAUGAGGAGCUACCAGAAAUAAGGGCUAAGGAAGUUACAAAAAUGAUUGAAUAGAAUAAGAGAAGUAGAUCAAGAAACAAAUCCAGCACACCCGUCAGAGAUAGAGUUGAUGAAUUUCUAGAGGAUAGGAGAACAUCUAUAUUCAUGCUACCAAUAUAAAAAAUAGUUCCAAGCAGAAAGAGAUUUAUUAAAUUAGGUGAAGGCAUUGAUCAUGAAGGUAACGUUUUGAAACCUUAACUUAAAUCUGUCGAAAAUGUCAAAAAUAUUUUGAAUUAACUUCCUCCUUUUGAUACUUAAGUCAAAUUCGACAAAUUACCCUCGUUUCCUGUAAAUGUUAGAAAUUAGACUAUGAUCAUGCAAGAGCAAGAGGAAGUUGAUAAAAAACGUAUUGUCAUUCAGGGUACAUUAGGAAAGAUCCCAUUAAACUAUCCCUCGCCCUAAUUUUCUAAGUCUUAUGAUAAAAUUACAGAAGAUCAUAUUCAUAGAAAAUAAGAACAAGAAAGUAGUAAGAAAAAAUUAAAAAAAUACCAAAAUAAAAGUUUCAUCAAUGCUGAAUUUUUAAUUCAAAAGGAUUAAGGGAUCGAGGACAACUAUAAAACUCCUAAUUUUUCAGAAGAUCAAGGUAAUCAAGAUAAAGUUUAGAAAGCUGGAAGUUAAUAGAUUAGGAAAAUGGCUACUCUUGAUUAUUCAAAUCUUACCGAAAUGGAAGAGGAAAAGCAUAAUCAAGAAUAAAAAUCAAAACAAAUUCAUGAAAGCUUAGAUCCAAUUUACUAAAGACAAAGAGAGCUGAGAAAGAAGAUGAUGCACAAGAAUAAUAUAUUCUUUAAUAGAUAAAUAAUGAUAGAAAAAAAUUUGAUUGAUAAAAGCCAAGGAAAAUACGGCUAAAAUUACAGCAGGCUAAUUGAGACAUAAUUUGACAGAACUUUAGAAAAGUAUAUGCAUCCGGAAGAUUUAGGUUUAUGGCACAAGGAGGAUAUUGAGGAUAUAGAACAGAAAAUCAAAAAUUUCAAGUGA